AUGUCAGUUCUUUUCACAACUAUUUCAGAGAGCAACCCCGUCAAGCCGGGCGAUGCAGAAGCCCUCCUCAAACCACUCGGUCUGACCAUCGAUCCAGCCGAGGCGCAAGAUUUCCACACCCUUCUCGCAGCAGUCCACGACUGCGCCGAAGGUGUAGCUGCAUUAAGCGACUAUCAACCAGUCCCCGAUCAGACAAAGUAUCCACGCGAGAAUGUGCGCCGACCAAGUGAAACAGAACAGGUUUUCGGGCAAGCCUGGGCACACCGAUUUCUCAUCCGGGGUAAUCCCCAAGGCGGCCCGCUGGCAGGUAAAUCCGUCAGUCUGAAAGAUGUUGUUGCGGUUGCGGGUGUGCCACAGCUUCUGGGAAGCGAUAUCAUUCCUUCCUGGACACCGACUACGGAUGCCACAGUUGUAACCCGAUUGCUUGAGGCGGGCGCUGAUAUCCAUGGGACAUCGACGUGUGAAAAUAUGUGCCACUCUACUGCUUCGUAUACUAGUGCUCAGGGUACCGUGGAGAAUCCAAAUGCUCCGGGAUAUUCGGCUGGCGGGAGUACCUCUGGCGGUGCAGCGCUGGUUGCGGCCGGUAUGGUGGACAUCACGAUUGGGGGUGACCAGGGAGGCAGUAUACGCGUUCCUGCUUCGUUUUGCGGAUGCGUUGGGCUUAAGCCAACUCAUGGCCGUGUUCCAUUCACUGGAUUUGCCAGCGGUGACGCCGUGAAUGACCACGCCGGUCCGCUAACCCGAACAACACUUGAGGCUGCAGCAUGUCUAGAUAUUAUCAGUGGAUAUGAUGGCAUCGAUGAUCGGGCUCUCGGUAGCUCGAAGCCAGGCUCUACCAAGUUCGCAGCGGAUCUUCAGAAUUCGAACACACUAGACGGCUUCAAGGUCGGCAUUCUUGUUGAAGGAUUUGACCACAGCGCGGUAGACCCACAUGUCAAGGGUGCAGUGUUGACUGCCGCCCAGAAAUUCAAGGAUCUGGGCGCAACAAUCGAAGAAGUAUCUCUUCCUGAGCAUCUACAAGGGCCCGCGAUCUGGACAAUUCAGCAGCGAAUUGCCGGGGCGCAGACUCUUUUAGGCCACAACACAGGCCGGAGAGGGCUUUAUAUGAAUGAGAUGGAGCGCGCACGGCUUCCAUGGACCGACGGUGGCUUCCAGAGAGCGUUUCCGUCCACAAAGAACGUUAUCAUUAACGGUCUAUAUCUAAUGAAACAAUUCCCUGAUCUCUACGGCAAGACUGCCAAUAUCGGACGACUCCUCAGCGACAAGUACGAAGCGCUGUUUGAGAAGUAUGAUAUCCUGGUAAUGCCUACGACGCCGGUCGUUGCCCCUCGACAUGGAAAGCGAGAACUCCCGCUGGAUUCCCUCAAGCCUAGUAUGGGUCUUACAAUCAACACUGCCAUCUUCAAUGUGACGGGUCACCCGGCACUAUCCAUACCUAUCGGUCUUGCUCCGGCAAAGGAAGAUAACCAAGUCAUGCUGCCUGUUGGGAUGCAGAUUGUUGGUGGAUUGUGGCAGGAAGAGAAGGUCCUGCGGGCUGGGCAUAUCUGGGAUACUAAUUUUGACUGGAAGAAGAUGCAUUACUCUACGGAUAAGAACUAG